CGGCACCCACUUUAAGGGCCACUUUAAAGUCCCCAACUCCUCCGUCGCCUGGCUUUCAAGCGACGCCGACCUUGGCUCCGCACCUCAGAUUCACCAUCAUUUAUGCCGGUGAAAACGCUGUGUGUCUGUUAUAUUUCAUUAUUGUUGCAUGUAUUUACGUUGAACUUCUUUCGCACCGUAUGUAGCCAACCGUGAUAAUCGGAGUAAUCAGAGUAAUAGUGCAUUAAUUUAUUAUAAAGUAUGUCUACCGAAGCGACGGAGCGAUUCAAUCAGCUUGUUUACAGGCGAUCAAUGGAUUGUUACAUCGCAGAAUCAGAAACCUUACAAUUAACAGUGGAUUGACCAUGGAUAAUUCUGAUGAUGAUGAUGAUUAUACCAUCAUUUAUACAAUUGUACGCGAAUGCAGGAAAGGGAUCCUAACUGUUGCAUUUAAAUGUUGCUAAGCAAGCGAGCGACUAUAGCAACGUAAUGAAUCGGGGAAAACUCAAAAUGUAUUUUUAAACACAUUUGAAAAAUUAUAAUAUUCACGUCUCAAUCCAGGCUAGAGAAUCACUACUCUGUGGAAUAUGAAUUAGUCCAUUAAGCAUUCCUUCAAUCCCUUGGCCAAUUCGCAUAGACCGUGCCUUUGUUCAUGCCUUGAUAUUGCUGUUCACGGUUAUAAACACGGUUGCAUUGGUAAUUGAAGGCAAUAAAUCUAGAGGUCGUUUUUGUUCAGUGUGGUUGGUGUGCGCUACACCGCACCGUGUUUGAAUUCACAGCGCUCGUCAGUGCAGAUUGGAGGAUUGGGUUGUGUGCUCAGGACCAGUUCAGGUAUCACUUGCUACCGAUGUUAGCCAUGGCUGGGAAUCAAACUGAGGUCAGCCGGUUCGUAGUACCGGCGCACUAAAACCCACUGCACUACUGCUAUAUCACAGUAAUACAGUACUGCAUAACAUAAUAAUAGAGUCGUAUUUACCAGUGUGGUGAAAUGUAGUCAAACCACCCCCAUGCACAGCAUGGGAGCCAUUCAUCCAGCAGUGGAUUGAUAACGGGCUCAAAUUUAGGGCGGGGCUUUUUGUAUUACCCAUGAAAGGUGACGAUGUACGUACGUAUGUUGAACUUCUUUCGCGCCGUACGUAGCCAACCUGCCCUCGUCGGAGGUGCGGUAAUGUGUGCGUUCACGCGCUAUUAAUAUAGCAUUCUUCGAAAAGUCUUCCCCACCCUUCGCACCUACGUAUUCGAAGUCGUGACACAAAAAAAGGAUUUUUUUUCUCUUCUCUAUGCACCAGUAAAUGCCAUGCCGAUGAACAGGUUUUUUUUUAUUAUUAUUAUACAGCACUCAAUGUAUUUUCUGCCGCUCCUUCUCAGAACUCAAUGUGCAAUGCUCACCAUUUAUUUUCGUUCUUCGCGAAUUGUAGCCGGGUAUAGCGCGAUUGGUCAAAGGUCUGGCUUUCAAGUAGAUUCCAUUCUGUUGAUGAUGAUGAUGACGACGAUGUUGGGAGACCAGGGGCUGGGUAUUGCAGUACUCAGCGAUUAAGUGUACGACAUCGAAUUUGUGAGUAAGCAUCUUUGCUUAACCUUAUUUGAGGAUGGGCUGUUUGAGCAGCUACUCCUUCUUAAAGAGCCACGUCCCUGUUGAACCAACAAAUCUAUAAAGACAAAUUGAAGGCUUUGGUUUCUAAAGGCACUGUUCUUGCUUCUGAUGGGGCAAGACUGUUGGUUUUGCUUUUGCAGUUCGUACUUAUUUUUCUUUCUUCUUUAUCUUAAAGGUAUCAUGGAAAAUAUAGUGGGUCUGUUUGGAGGAGGGUAGUGCUGUUGAAUGGUCCUAAGGGCUUCUGCGAUUAGUUGUUAUAAUCCCUGUAGUUGCAGCUAAUGUUAGAGCAUCUGUGAGCAUUUACGAUUACAGAAUUAUCAAGUUAUGUAUUCUCACUUAGGAGAAAUAAUAUUAUCUUUUCUGCCCAGACCUAUCCAUCUGCAUGCCGCUCCCUUUCAACCUCAUAAAAUAAGCCGCGUCUCUGAAAAUAAGCCAACCGAUUAGGGUCCACAUUUGGCACGUUCAUUGGCAAUUUUACUAUUGGCCGUAUAUAAAGUUCAUUGCAGGCAACGCUUGAGCAAUUUACUCUCCUUGUAUCACAGAGAUAAGACUACAAAUACUUCCUUGGUAUAAGAUACUCAGAAGACGACCGUCGCAAAAACAACGUAAGAGAAGAUCGUAUUGAAUCGACGCGAGAGGAAAUUUGCCCGCUGACUAAUUUCAACGGCACUCUGUCUAAUAUUAGCUCCUCCCAUUCAGAACUUUCGAGAGAAGAAUGUUGGGAACACGGUUCUAUUUUCUCCUGGCUUCUGUUUAGAUGUGCGCACGUCAAUGGGGCGUGUUUGACGCACGGCGGCUACCACCCCCUAUUGCUCACCCUGACCAUAGUCACCCCGUGUUACUGUUUUUUCCUCUAAUAACUAUGUAGCCCAGAUAGUCACGUGUAAGCCUCACCCGAUUUCGUUAACCAUCCAGUGACGGGAGAAAUACGUUGCAUUACCACCGCGUAAGUUGUUUUUUUUUUGCGGUCGCUUGUACCUCUUGUACCUCACGGUGUUCUGCGCUGCGUCUGGCGUCUCGCUGCGCGUUCCCGGGAGCCUCUCGCGGCACGUGGAGCGAAACGUCGGACAUCGUGCCGAACAACCACGCGGUCCAACUCGGGAGGAAGGAAAAAAAAGUCACAUCGGAGAGCUGGACCAUGCUCGAGCAUUGUUGCGCGGUUGCGUCGCUCCGUUAUUUAUUUUCUCGUGCUUUUAUUUGGAAGCACGGCAACAACAAAAAAUGAUGAAGAAAAAACCGGCUGGAAAAACCGAUGCCUUUUAUACGUGGGGUGGGGAUGUAAUUUUCCCAUAACCCGCUGGCUGCCACAACUCUGAGCACUCAAUCAUCGGGCGCUUAAAUUAGCGUCGCUGGGAGGGGUAGGGCGACAUUUUUUAAGCAGCAUGACCCAACCGGGUGGGACAGCUUAAAGCUGAACUCCGUGUCAAACGUCUCACAAUAAUUGAAGUCCUCAGCCAUCACCGCACGUGGGUAUAGCAACAUAAAAUUACAGUGCGUACGGUGCGCAUUAAACGGAGACCCAUCAGAACAUUCAACUGAGAGUAAAACAUAUAUGCACACACUAUUUAUCUACUUUUAAAUAUUAGGUUUUGGGACAUGCCGCCUGAACUUACCGAUAAACGAGGAAAGAGAGACAACCAAAGCCUUGACGUUCAAGGGACAAGCUCAAGUGUCAGCAUGAACUCAGACAGAACCUUCAGCAGUAAUGGAUUACCCCAAAAUGGUUCUCUCGGUGUAGGUGGGGAGGCGCCGGUCCGCACGCUUCCCCGAUCCGUGUCGGCUCUUACCAUUAACGUCAAGCGAGUGCAAAGCACACCUGAUAUUCCGCAAUGCACAGAGGGUGGCGCGGUCAAGGUGAUCAGUGGGAAGGGGUCAGUGACCCUGAGACCCUCUUCGUAUGGGGGUCAGCAGGGUCUCCGCAGCAAGACCGACAGCUGGGAAACUUGGACUGACUCGAACCUCACAAGCCCUGAUCACCAAUCAAGUGAAUCAGACCGCUGGGGGUCCGGCCCCGUGUCCCCUGCUCCAUUCGGAGCAGCCAACGGGGACGGGGGAAACUCCUCGCUGGUGGCCAAAGGCUUCCGCAGCGUGCGGCCCAACCUCACAGCCGCCGAGAAGAAACAGCAGCUUACGGGAUUGGGCAGUGUGAAAGUGACCGUCCAAUCGGAAAGUGCCCACCGCUCUCGGGACGCCGGCCAUUCGGAGCAGGCCUCAUCGCCCGUGCCGCCACUGGUGCCGGCCGGGCCGCGGGACUACGGGCCGCUCGGUGGCCCGCUCGGCCUCCCGCCGGCCCCCGUGAGAAAUGAGUCGCCGGCCUCGGCGCCCGAUCGCUUCCCCACGCUCGACGACUUUAUCCCGCCGCACCUGCAGAAAAAGCUGUCUCCCGCUGACGGUCACUCGCACUCGCUUCUCGAGCCCGAAUGGGAGGUGUCAUCGCGCACCGUGAGCGAGUCGUCCACGGCUGUGCUGGAUGACCUCCUCCCGCCACUCGCUUCCGAGGUCACGGACCACUCGGUCACCCCCUCACCAACUCUCACGGAGGAGCGCGCCCUCACGCCUGCCCACCAAAACGACGGGCAGGAGUAUUCCGACGGUGCCUUGAAAAGUAACUUUUCACCAACGCACAAGUACACGAGUUACCAGAGCUCUUCAUUCAGCACCACCUCGUCACAGCCGCAGAACACACAAGGCCGCCCAUCAGACCGGGUGAUGUACACGCCCACGGAGAAGCUGCCGGCAGGCGCCGUGUACCAGACGAAGACGUUCGAGGGCGGCACCGUGCACACCGACACGUUCUACCCAGCCGCCGGCACGUCCAGCGAGGAGAAGAAGGUGACGGUGCUCAAGGCUCCACACUACCCCGGCAUCGGGCCUGUGGACGAGACCGGCGUCCCCAUCGCCGUCCGUACCACGGUGGACAAGCCCAAGGACUGGUACAAGACCAUGUUCAAGCAGAUUCAUACGGUGCACAAAGCUGGAGAUGAUGACUUUGAGCACUACACGCCUACUUCUGCAGACUGGGAAAGCACCUCCUACGGGGGCCCGAGCAGCCCCAUUCAGAAGCACACGGCGGCGCCGGCGCAGACGUACAUGCCGCGGUCGCGCAGCUUGGCCGACGGCCUCGACGCGGACCCGCGGGCCCAGCAGAGCGGCGGAACGCCGCCCGCACGGCCCGCGCCUCCCGCGUCGCGCUCGUACUCCGACUCGGAAAGCUGGCGCAGCGGCGACGCCAAUAAAGACGCGGGCAGGGAGGCGGCGGCCGACGAGACGCGGUUCGGACGCACGCUGCCGUCGCCCACCAAGAACGCGUGGGCACCGCCCGACACCAAGGUGGACACGCGGCGAUACCGCGCCGAGCCGCGCAGCAUCUUCGAGUACGAACCGGGGAAAUCCUCCGUCCUGCAGCAGCAGAAGCAGACUCUGCUGAAGGCGUUCGAUCCGAUGCCGUACCCCGUGCCACCCGAGCCGAGGGAGCGCAUCUCGUCCGUGCGCGACCGAGGGCGGGAGCCUCACGGUGCCGACGACGCCGGAGAGAUAAGGCGAAUUAGUCCCGAAGAGAUAGACCUAGAGAAUGAACCGUGGUAUAAGUUCUUCUCCGAACUGGAGUUUGGUCGUCCGCCUCCUAAAAAGACUUGGGACUUUGGAUCGGGAGACACUCUCACCCUUUCUGUGGAGGAUAGAAAGAAUGCGAUCUACAAAUCCUUCUCGGAGAAAGCUCAAGAAAGACCUCACAGCUCGCUGGGCUCGAGACAGUGGCCGUGCGAGGACUCAGGAGGCCGCCCUUCCUCCAGUGCCUCCUCCACGCUCUCCCCACCGUUGCCCAGAGGUGGGGGUAUUCAAAGACUGGCUUACACGUUAAAUUACAUCAGCGUGCUCACCGACUCGCAGAGUCCCUCUGGCUGUGCGAGCGGCCGUCAAGCUAAGUUUUUGUCCGCGGCCAAAAGCGGCAUCACCGACAUUCUGCCGUCCAAGUUCAAACCCAACAUCGGCAAGCAGGGCCGGCCGCUCCUCCUCCGCGACCCGUCUCGCGGUCCGUCGGGCGCGCGCGCCCCCAGCAGACACAAGUCCCAGAGCUGCGAGGACAUCGCCAACGGGCACGCGGCCGGCGGCGGCGGCGGCCUGGCGCGACGCCCCUGCACGAAAUCCGAGAGCGCCGAAUGCGUGAGCGCGUCCGCGUCCCACAGCGACGGUGACGACGCCUCCGCCGCCGAGCACAUGUCCUCGCAGUUCCUCAAGCUGUACAAGUCCAUGCACACCAUCAGCCACCAAGACGUGAGGGCCUCCAAGCCCGUGUGCUGCGUGCGCUCCAUGGUGUCGUGGUACGAGCAGAACCAGGAUGCCGCGACCGCGAGCAACCCGGGCAGCCGGAGCGAGACUCCGAGGGCCGGCACGCCGGAGGACGGGGCCUCGCGGGCGGCCGCGGCCGCCGAGCUGGGGGAGGCCGAGAGCCUCUCUCAGCGCUGCCAGUCCCUGCCCGACCUCGGCACUGGACAGGAACGUGCGGCCCAAACCCCCCUUGUCACCACGCUCUGCAAGAAGGCCUUCUUCCCACAGAAGCAGCUAGGAUACUCCUUCUCGGUGGAAUCGCUGGUUGCAAAUAGUGGCGGUCAGGAAGUUUCCUCUGGCCAGAGGUCAAAGCAGAUCAAAGAAGCCCAGAAAACGUUGGCGACGGCCCUGCCGGUACUGAAGGAGAGGAGUGAAGCGUCGCUCAUACGCGAUCAGAUCAGAAGCAAGUGGCUGAAUAGGGACCUCUCAGAGAUUUCCACGAAACUGAACCAGCACAUCCAGGAGAAGCUUGCGAAGCGCAAUGGUAAUUACGUGGGCAGUCCUUCGGGCAAGGCUGAGGAUUCCAUGCAAAAAGUCGACCGCUUGGGCAGCUUGAAGGAAAGUAGCAUCGACACCACUCAGUACUCACCCGCUGUCAAACCUGAAAAUCCCAAAGCUCGCGAUGAACCGAACCACGCUGAGCAGAGUCGGGCACCUCAACCGAACCCUGGUAAGGCUUCCAUGGCAGGCAUCCGGGCAGACGGUGCCGCUAAUGGAUCUUCCGUUGGAUCGGAUAAGAAUGUCAAAACGCAACGCAGCAAGCUCCUCGUCAGCCACUGCAAGGGGCCUUGCCCUGCCUACUUCACGAGGUUCACCACUUGGCUUCAGCACGAGAAGAAUCGCCCCAAGGGCCCGGCUCAGGAAAGGCGCACAAGCCAAGGCAAGAAGCCGGAGCCGAUGAGAGCGGCAUAUUUGGUGGGGCCCCUCCCCUUCAAGUCGAAGAGCGGCAGCAGCGGCAGCGGCAGCAGCAGCAGCGCGAAGGAGCGGCAGGCCACGGGCUCAUCUGCAUCGCCAGUGCCAGCUUCCAACGGAAUGCAGAAUCACGGGCAAGAGGACCACGUGGAAACGGGGAUGAUCGAUCGCCUGCUGUCAGAGUUCGUGCCUCGGGCCCCCGCGCGGACGUCCUCCAUCGUCGCAAUCCGAGAGCGAUACCGCGCCCCGCUACUCAUCCUGGAGGACGCGGCAGAGCUGAUGACGUCUUCCGAUGAUUUCUCACCGAACGACAACGAGCUGCCCUACGGUUACAGCGAUUCUAAUAACAAUCUGCGCUCUUGUCUCCUCCAGAGCAGAAACUCUGAUCUCGCUCGGCCACACUCGGCCCAGAGCUUCAGCUACGGCACCAGCAGCAGCAACGCCUUCCUUGACCGCCGGGGCACGCCGGAAGAUCUGAUGCGUCGGCACAGCAGGGAGAUGCGACAGCCAGCGAGAGCAAAGUAUGACUUCAAAGCUCAAACACAAAGGGAGCUCUCAUUCCAGAAGGGAGACAUCGUGUAUGUGACUCGCAAGAUCGACAAGAACUGGAUUGAGGGGGAGCGCCACGGAAGAGUGGGCAUCUGCCCGGCGUCAUAUCUGGAAAUGCUGCCACCCACCGAGAAGCCACAGCCCAUGAGACAGCCGCCGAUCCAGGUGCUGGAGUACGGUGAGGCGGUCGCUCGCUACAACUUCAAUGCCGACACAAACCUGGAGAUGUCCUUCCGCAAGGGGGAGUGCAUCACUCUGAUCCGCCGCGUCGACGAGAACUGGUACGAGGGUCGCGUGCCCGGCACCAAUCGCCAGGGCAUCUUCCCGGUCUCCUACAUCGACGUGGUCAAGCGGCCACGCGUCAAGAACGGCGUGGAGUACCCAGACCCUCCACCGCCAGCGCAGCGAGCGCAGUCGGAGAGCAUGGUGACGGGGAAACCGCCGCUGAGCCCCGUGGCGUCGCGCCGAUCCACUGACUCGCCGGUCCGCGGACGCGCCGGCUCCCCCGGACGGCAGCAAGGACCCGGAUCACAGACAAUCCACGACAGCUUUUACACUGCUGCCGAACCGUUCCAAGCCAUGUACAACUACCGGCCGCAGAACAAGGAUGAGAUUGAGCUGACGGAGGGCGAUAUUGUGGACGUCAUUGAGAAGUGUGAUGACGGGUGGUAUGUAGGUACAUCCAGAAGGACCAAACUCUUUGGCACCUUCCCAGGAAACUACAUGAAGCCCACACCAUGUUAAUCCCAGGGCACUAGGCUUUUAAACACCAACGUGCAACCACAUUUGUAUCUUUUUUUUUCUAACAAAAAAACCCCUUCAAACAGACACAUUCGUAAAAGAAAUUAUUAUUAUUAUUGCAGUUGUAUUUUCAGAUAGGGUUAUCAGUUGUAAUUAUCAUUGUAAUUAAGGUCGCCGUAAUCGUAAGCCUCGCCGUAAUCUUCAUUACAGUACUUCAUUACUCUGCCACCGUCUUGAGUCUGCAAUUUUCAGAGCAGUGUCUCAUCUGCCACAACAACAGCCACCAGAUAAGAAAAGUGACUCAUUCUAAAACAUAGCACGAGUUGCCUUAAUUUAUAUUUACUGUCCACAGAUGUCAUGUGUCUAUUGUGACUGCUAGAAUCACUCCAAACAUUUGUCCCUUUGUGGGAAUAUACAAAAAAGUAUCCACAGAAAGAAAUUAGUUAAUGAGCUGUAAUUAGGGAAAUGUUCUUUAAAAACGUAUAUUUAUUAGUAUUUGUUUAAUUGCUCCUAUUGUACAAAAUACCCAUUUGAGAAACUGGCGCCCAAUGCAUGAAGCGGUUUUUCAUCACAAUUCUGCCCCACUUUGGUGACAUGAUGGGCCGUCUUCCAGAAGGUUGGCCCCCAUUCAGGGCUAGGCCGUUGGAAUUUCGCAGUCGAUGAGAGGCCCCCUCCAAGACCGGGCAAACCGAAUUCCGGCCUUCCUCAUUCUCCACUGGUGGAAUGGCUCAACUCAAAAGAGACAAAAGUAAAAAUUUUUAUAUAUAUAUUGCUCUUUAGUAUUACUUUUAUAUGUGUGCGUGGGCAUAUGUUCAUAAUCAUCAGGCAUUGAGUAACACGACUUUGUGUCAAUUUAGUAGUGGUUGCCCAAUUGGAAGGGAAAGUUGUGAUGGGCUGGGCAUGUGUGCAGGAUGGAGGAGGGCAGGUUGCCAAGACAGACAUUUGAGUGGGCACUCAGAAGUGGGCAACCAGGGUGGCAUUGAGACUCUCAGAAUAGUCCUCCGAGGACUGGUGAAGUUUGUGCAACAGUUAAAGGAACAGACAGGAAGAAGGAUGCAAAUUAUGAGAUGUGAUGUAAGCUGUGGUUGAUCUCUUGACCCAUACAAAAGACAAACACACAAUUGUGGCAGAGCAAUCAUUAGCACGGUUGGCUACGUGCGGUGUGAAAGAAGUUCAACAUACAUAGAAUUGUGUGCGUGCUGUAUAUGCAUGCGACAAGACUGCAGCUGCACUCUGGUCCUGUGGCUUUCCUAAUCUCUCUUUUACAGAGUGGGGUUAGCACCGUGAAAACAUGGCCAUAGCUUCGAGAACGAAUCCACUGCUGUGGAAUGGCUCUGCGGCAGGAGAAGUUAUUUACUCACACACGCAAACGUGCGUGUGUGUGUCUGAUUGGAUCCUCAUUGUUUGGCUCCAUCAAAGGCAAAAUGUCUUUGCCCCUCGCCUAGCUUAAGAUUGGAUGUAAGGUUUCAUGUGGGAUGGCAACGGACGUAUUCCUCCUGGCAAAUUGGUGACACAUUUUUUACAUGACUGGGGCAGAAUUGGUUUCCUGGAAUUUACCAUUGGUGGGAUUGCCUUAAAUGUCACAAUUGAAUUGUUCAUGAAUUGGGCUUCAUGUGUUCUAUUAUAUAUAAAAGAACAAUACAACAUUCAAAUUAAAAUCCCAAAGGACUUUUAAAGGAUCACAUUGUAAUUUUGAAUGCCUGAAUUAUUACCCUUUGGGUGUUCAGAAUAUUUUGUAAGCUCAUUAACUACAUUAAACAUUAUUAGAAAAGAUAAUUUACUAAAUAAAAUCAAAACGAUACCAACAGUUUACGUUGGUGUUAUUUACUGCUCAAAUGAAAGAUGUGUUUGUUGGAGACAGUAAAUGGAAAGUGAAAUAUGUACAAGCACAUCAGGGAUAGGGAAGAUAGAAAAGAAAAGUGGAAGGUGGUGAGAUGUUGAAUGUAAUAAAUUAUUGGAAUGAGGCUUAUUGUGUAAUUUUAUUAAUUAACAAUAUUAUAUGAGUGGCUGCAACUCUGAUCUAUCCACACCAGCUGGUUAAUGUUAACGUGGAACGUCCAUUGGUUACGUUUCUCAUGAUACUGGUAAAUAUUGUCGAUUGAAAUUCUGUCCAUGUACCAUAGUCCAUUCACCAUCAUGCAAUUCAAAUUUGUAAACCACCAGACCUCAGCUUUGAGACAUUUAUUUUUGUACAAAUUGUAGUCAUUUAGAGCUGCGAUGCUGCAUUGGGAAUUCCUUGUAAAUGUAUCAUAUUUUGUAGCCUAUGGUAAUAAAAUGCAUUACACAUUAAUAAAAGCAUUUAAUAUAUAAGUAAUUUUACACGUAAGUAAUACUGUAUGAAAUAUGUUUGAUCGUGUUUAGUGCUUGAAUUAACGUUGCGAAGUUGUGACAAGCAUAUUUUUUUAAACGAAACUCAUCUACCAUCUUUUAUUUUGUGAGCAUUUAAUCACACCGUUGAAAUUAAUACUCGGCGCUAUGUUAAAUUGUUAAAUGUCCAUCAUUUUGCAGUUAUUCGAUCGGCAAGUCGCACGUGGUGGGGUAAAAGUGUGGGUACUCCCACCUCUCCCAAGACGUCUGGCCGGCGUGGAAGAGUAGGCCAAUCACACUCUAGAGGGGGCUCUGUAGAGCUCCGUCUACUAGAGGCUCUAUCUGCCAGCAGCGACGUAAGAAAUUGCAGGGAUGCGCCUUUACCUUCACCAUCAUUUUGCAGUGUUUGUGAUUCCUGUGUGUCAUACUGCAGUUUAAAGUACACAACUCUUUGUACAGUAUUACCAUCCGCCUUCCUUUCCUGAGGACCACCCUACCCGUUAUUUAGCAAAGGUGUGCGUGCCUUGUAGUCAGCAGAAAGGAAUGUCACAAACAAGUUGCGGACUCUCACGUGUGACCCUCCACACGCGUGUGCUCGAAUGCCCUUCCUGAAUUCGUCAAGCAUGUUACGUCGUGUUUUAUGUGGGUCAUUACAACACAGGUUGGCUAUACCUAUGUAUCUAAUUUGUAUAACUGCGCCUUUUGAUUUACCUUUAAGUCUCUUACUGAAUAAAGACUUUGCUUAUUUGCAGCACAUUUGGGAGAGAAACACAUCACUGACUGUAUUCACUACUCGGAAGGGUUUUAAGUUAAAUGAAAUAUGGGGUUAUAUAUGCAUGAAAAGCAAGGUGGAUUUUUCACUAUUUACACAUGUAUAGUAAUUGUCUAUUGAAAGAAAAAUCUAUGUCUUUUUUAUUUUGUUACAUUGUUUUAUGGCCUCUAAGAAGAUGGAUCAGAGGCUAGCUACUACACAGAUAUAUGGAAAGAAAAGAUGUAGUCUGGACAUUGCCAUAAAAUUCAAGAAUGGAUGGAAACAAUUCAAGGACGUAUUGCUUUUCAAACAAGACUCUAAAGUAGAACUGGGAAGGACACGUGGCGUGAAGGACAAACAGCAGAUGGACAACGAGAGCUACUUAGCUGGCAACCAAGAGAACAAUUAGAAAUGAUGAGGCCCAGACAUUUGCAAGCUUGAAGUGGCCACAAGUUGCAAAAGAUGGAGUGGAGUCAUUUGAGAGAAUCCUGCAGCAGAUUGAGAAUAGCCGGUGACUUCGUCUAACACGUGUUUAACAAGCACGCCGAUUCACUUUCACUUCGGUGACCUAAUAAGAAAAAUGUGUAACUAGUAUUGCAAAAAAACACUGCACCCCUUGAUGGUAUGUUAUUAUAUAUGCUGUCGCGUAGAAUAGUUUCGGGUGAGCUGAUUUGAACAUUUAAAAUACAGCAAUCGUUGAACUAGAGUUGGGUAAUAACUUGCUUUUGAAACUUCACUUGCAUAUGAUAUAUGUGGUAUCUGAAUGUAGCAGUGGAUUGCAUAGAAGCACACGACUGCAAAAAUUACAUGUGACUUUAGUACAAUAUAGCCUAUUUUAUGUUUUGGUAUAGAACACAUUGCAUUUGUAUUUCUUCUAGCGAGUAAUGUUUCUGUUUUGGCUUGCAAAAUUAUAUACUAUCAGCAUACACUAAAUGUGCUUUAUAGUACUAAAGACUUUGUCUGCCCAACAUUAUUUUGCUUUGUGAAUGUUAAAUGCUAAUUUUUAAAUGAAACUAUAUUGUGUAAUCUUGCUGUAGCAAUUCAUACCUAGGCCCAUCCCUCCAAUCAACAAAGUCCCCAUUUACAAAACCUUUUGCCAAUGUAUUGACAAACACUUGGCAAAUAUGAAGUUUCUUUUUGUACAUUUGUGUAAUGAAUAAAUUUGUACAGCAUGAGGUUUUUUUUUCGUGUAUAGAAUUUCAAGAUUAAUAUAUAGUUGUGACAUCUUUCAGUGACCUUGGCUUAAGACUUUUUUUUUCUUUGGCAUACAAAGUGGCCUUACAUGGGAAUAGUUUGUCAGAGAGGGCGUUUUUUAUGUUUGUGCUCUGAAGGAAAUGGAAUGCCCAAGGCUCUCUGGUAUGAAAACUAAAAAAAAACACUGUAUUAUCUUCAUGUGUGUGAUAUGUUUAAAUUCCACAAAAUAACAGUUUUUAAAAAGCAAGUGUAGACUAUUACUAAUCUGUAAACAUGAGACUUAUUUAACGCGUAGGCUUUCGCGAACAAUAUCCAAAAUCGAGGGUUUUUUUAAAUUAGAUUGCGUAAAUAAUAAUGUACUCGAUUUGUAAAUGUUGCGGGUUUAUUCUCCAACACACCGAUGUGCUGAACUAGUAACGAAUUGGCUUGUUUUGUUUACGUGACAAAACCUUACUAUUUGGCUGCGUCUGGAGGUGGCGGGUUUAACGACACAUUGAUUUUUACGCAAUCUAACCCCCAAAAAACCUCUGAUGGAUGAGACCUGUUAGUUUUUUCAUCUCCACAUCUGUGCACUUGUAUCAAACAUGCUAUUGCACAAGAACUUAGCUAGGUAUCAAAAAGGCCUGCACACAUAACACUUUGCAUGCUCAGUAGAAGCUGGAAAUACUGUAAGCACACCUUGGCUAAGCACAGUUCUGGUAUAAGCAACACAUGCAACACACUAGUGGGGAGGAAAGUUAAGGGCAGCUUCUCAUACAAACAAACUACUUUGGAUAUAAGCCCACAUGGCCUUGCUCUCAAAGGAAGUGCUUAUAUCCAGCUUCUACUCUAUGUUGUGAAUUGGCCUUUCGUCCCUUGCAUAGUGUGGAUGAGUAAAACGUUGACAUUUAUGAUACUUUCACCUACUUAAUUUCAUGCUUAUAAAGGAGGCUGGGUAAAUAACCCUCUUGUUUCACCAAUGCUCUAUGCUCAUGAAAAUAACACAGGUUUUUGUAACUCCAGAAAGCAUCUAGUUGAAUGUAAAAAAGAAAUGCCAUGAUUUUCCCAACCACCGCACUUGAUUCUUGAGUCUUUCCUAGGAGUGGUCAGGAUGAUAAAUAUGCCAAUGGAUGAUUGAUAGUGUACCUGGUGAAACUAUUUUAGUUCCAUUAUAUAUAGGCUUUGUUUGAACGGAUACCCUUUCUAGUAUACUAUGUGGAGUUUGUGUACAGCGGCAUCACAGGACACCGGGUUUCAGUGGAAUUAGAGAUGAUUUUCUUCAAAGUUGAGUGUUUCUAACAUUACUGUGAGCGCUGGAGCGAUAUACAAGAUAUUGAUGUGCCCUCCAUUCAGAUUGACAUUCUGGAUAAGGAAAUAUGGGAAUGCCAUGAUGGAAAAAUCCACAGUUUUGAGUAUUGUGACACCCAUACUAGGUAUACACACAUACAAUUCUUUAACCGUCUUUGAUAUAAAAACUGUAAUUACUGUAUAAUCAAGUUUUAAUUAUAUCCAUCUAUUUUAUUCACGUAUGCAUUAUUUUGAGAUUUGACGUGAAACGUUUUAGAAUACAUAAAACCAUUAUUUAACUGUUGUUAAACAAAGUAAACACGUUUCCAUAAACUAUACUAUACAUAUAUCAAAGCACAAAUCACAGUGAUUUAUUGUUUUUGAUUUAUUCUAGCAGUACAGCAUCACCAACAUAUGCCGAGCUUUGAGUUGCAUAACGACUUUAUUCAUGACUUUUGUUAGAGCAGCUGAGUUCUCAGAUUGGAAAUGUUACGGUUUGAAAUCAUGUAAAUAUACUAUAGAUAUUAAUGAGUGUGUGCUUUUCCAUAUCUGAAAUAUGAUUUGAUUCAUACUGCUUAUAUUAUUUCCGUCUCAGAACAGUUGUCAUGUUCACCCCUGUAUAAAAUGUUCCAUGGCAUGGCCAAAGAGAUUGGGAAUACAGAAUUUGGAACGUUCCAUUUUGUGCAGGGGUGACCAUGCAAAAGGAUUUCCAUGGAAACGGGACUGUGCUGGCCUGCAGGAUGUGUGCAGCUGCAUACUACAGUUUGUGUAUUGGUGUUGCUGCACAGAAAAUCCCAUAAUAAAGCUGCUUUUUCUGGAAAA